GCCGUUUAGUGAUUGAAAAGCCACUCUUCCUCGGCGCUAUCCUCACGAUUACAGCCAUGACGGCUGCCUUUCUCAUCACCGGCUUUAGCAAAACAAUCAUUACCUCCUUUGCAUGCCUCUACACCACAUAUGGAGCCGAUUUGACCCCCGCCGCCAUGCAGACCCAACUACUCGCCAUUGUCAGUUACGCCACCUCUAAAGAAAUCCCCGAUGUAACCGACCGCGAAAUACGUGCCAUCUUCGACGUCCUCCUAAACCUCGCCCCGUGCAACUUCCUCGUCUUCGGCCUCGGCCAUGACUCCCUCAUGUGGGCCGCAUUGAAUCCACGUGGCACCACCCUAUUCCUCGAAGAAGAUCCCAAACUUGUCCACAAGAUCCUCGCACGCGCACCCGCAAUACGUGUCCACACCAUAACGUAUACUACACAGCUCUACGAGGCUGAUCAUCUCAUCAACUCGUACAAGUCGGAGAUAAACUGUUUGCCUCCGCACGUGCACCUCAGGGGCAACGCCAGGUGUAAGUUAGCAUUGAGCGAGUUAGCGGAUGACGUGUACAACAGAGAGUGGGAUGCUAUAUUUAUUGAUGCUCCACGAGGAUAUUUCGCGGAGGCGCCAGGGAGGAUGGCGACUAUUUUCACGGCGGCAGUGAUGGCGCGUAGGAGAACGAGGAGCGGUGUGACGCAUGUGUUCUUGCAUGACGUAAAUAGGAAGGUGGAGAAAAUGUACGCGGAGGAGUUUUUGUGUAGGAAGUAUUUGGUGAAAGCGGUUGGGAGAUUAUGGUAUUUUGCGAUACCGCCAGCGGUUAAUGUGAGCAAGAGCAAGCGGAGGACUGGUACAGUGCCGUUUUGUGAAGACUGAAGUAGGAGAGGGUAGAUU